AUGGAGUCACUUCAGCAGGUGUACAUCAUCAAAGUCACCUGGUCCAAUGGGUCCACAGAAGUCAUCUACCGACGGUACAGCAAGUUCUUUGACCUCCAGAUGCAAAUGCUGGACAAGUUUCCGAUGGAAGGAGGACAGAAGGACCCCAAGCAAAGGAUCAUCCCCUUUCUGCCAGGCAAGAUCCUGUUCCGCCGGAGUCACAUCCGCGAUGUUGCAGUGAAGCGCCUGAUCCCUAUUGAUGAGUACUGCAAGGCUCUGAUCCAGCUGCCUCCAUACAUCUCCCAGUGUGAAGAGGUUCUCCAGUUCUUUGAGACACGACCUGAUGACUUGUCGCCCCCCAAGGAGGAGCCCAUUGGAAAGAAGAGGUCUGGAGCUGACUCUGCAUCGGUCGACCCCUUGGUGCUGGAGCAGUAUGUCGUGGUGGCAGAGUACCAGAAGCAGGAGAGCUCCGAGAUCAGCUUGUGCGUGGGCCAGUUGGUGGAUAUCAUUGAGAAGAAUGAAUCAGGCUGGUGGUUUGUGAGCACGUCAGAGGAGCAAGGCUGGGUGCCAGCGACCUGCCUGGAGGCCCAGGAUGGUGUCCAGGAUGAGUUCUCAAUGCAGCCUGAUGAAGCGGAGAAGUACACAGUUAUUUACCCAUAUACUGCAAGAGACCAGGAUGAAAUGAACCUGGACAAAGGGGCUGUGGUGGAGGUGAUCCAGAAGAACCUGGAGGGCUGGUGGAAAAUCAGGUACCAGGGCCAAGAAGGCUGGGCCCCUGCCUCCUACCUCAGAAAGGGGAACGGAGAGAUGUUCUCGCAGAAGCUGGGCUCAGGCUCCUCCACCCACUCGUGUGCCUUGGAUCUGGAUGGCAUCCCCCGGCAGCAGGCCCUGGCGGGCCGAGAGAAGGACGGGCUCUCUGGCCAAAGGGACGGGAGGUUCGACAGCCGCCCCCUCCCCAGCGCGGACAUCCGACGCAAGUCACCAAAGAUGAGGCAGAGACCCCCUCCUCGCCGAGAUCUCACCAUACCACGUGGUUUGAACUUGCCCAAACCUCCUGUCCCUCCUCAAGUGGAAGAGGAAUAUUACACCAUUGCUGACUUCCAAACCACCAUCCCUGAUGGCAUCAGCUUCCAGGCAGGAAUGAAAGUAGAGGUGAGACUGAUUGAGAAGAACCUGAGCGGCUGGUGGUACAUUCAGAUCGAGGAGAAGGAAGGCUGGGCCCCUGCGACGUUCAUCGAUAAGUACAAGAAAACCAGCAGUGCCUCCAGGCCCAACUUCCUGGCUCCGCUUCCCAACGAGCUGGGCCAGCCCCGGCCCGGGGAUGCCAUGGGCGGCAGCAGCGCCGGCGAGGAAGCGACAGGGCCCUGCCGUCCUCUGCCAGAGGCUCCUCCUAACAGCACAGACUGUGGAGGGAAGUGGGCCAAGGACUGGAAGGGGAAGGAGGCUCCCGAGAGUGGGGACCCAGCCUUUGCUGGUGGCUACGAGGAGAUCUCGGAUCGUGACACGGAGGAGAAGCCCAGCCUGCCGCCCAGGAAGGAGUCCAUCAUCAAAUCGGAAGGCGAGUUACUGGAGAGGCAGAGGCCUCCCCCCAAGCCCCCAGGCAUGAUUUUACCCAUGAUCCCACCCAAACAGUCGGCAGCCCCAAGGGACAGCAAGAAGCUUGAGGUGAAACCGGAGAAGGGGAAACUCUUCCAGCUGAAAAAUGAAAUGGGACUGGAAUGUGGACAUAAGGUGUCAGCCAAGGAAGUGAAGAAGCCAAACCUCCGGCCCAUCGUCAAGCCAACCAAGCCAAAAGCUGAGCCCGUGGAGGACAAGCCUGAGCCCAUCACCCAGAAUCCAUUCUUGAAGUCAAGACCUCAGAUCAAGCCAAAACCCGCUGCAGCCACCCGGACUGACCCACCUCCAGCUGAUGAUAAACUGGACAUUUGCAGCCUGAGGAGCAAGCUUAGACCUGCCAAGUGCCCAGAGAAACCUUCCGAGCAGGACGUGGCUGCCAACGAAAGCUCCUUCAAUAAUGCCAUCGUAUCUUCAGAGGCUUCUGGAAGGUUUCAGGAACGACCAAGCAUGGAGAGCAAACCCCUGCCCAAACUGGACAGCCACACCACGAAAGAGGAGGUGCCCAAAUCUCCCCUGGGCCCAGCAAACACCCCAGGUGCCAAGGAGCCCCCGCCACAGCGCCCCGUUGUGCCACCCCGCAGACCACCCCCCCCAAAGAAAACAGGGGGUCCUGCCUCUGGCCCCACCACAGAGAUCAGUGCCCUGGCACGGGAAGCACCUGAAACCAGGUCGUCCCCAGUGCCGGGGAGGCCCAUGCUGGUUCCUCCGAAAGCCAAGCCCUUCCUCUCUGCCUCCAUCCAAGACGAAGCCAAAGUGAAAAGCAGCGUCAGCCCAAAGGUCAUAUCCAAGCCAGUGGAGAGAGGGGAAGCCAAGGAGAGGACCUCAGCCCCCAUCUCCAGCCCAGACAUCUCCAAGGAAGCUCUCUAUGUGGCAGUGGCAGAUUUUGAAGGUGAUGAGGAGACCAACAGCUUUAAAGAAGGAACUGUGUUCGAAGUUCGUGAGAAGAACAGCAGUGGCUGGUGGUUUUGCAAAGCUCUGACUGGGGGGCCAUGCUGGGAGGGCUGGAUCCCUUCCAAUUACCUACGGAAGAAGCCAUAG